AUGGCCAUCCACACCGAAGCCACUCUGGAAGAAGAAGACAUUCCAGGUUCCAAUGUCACCCACUUGAGCGAGUGUGAGUUGGCCACAGACCAGGAAGUCUUGACAGCCUUCCAGACCUGCCAGAGGCUGUCGAGGACAAUGCCCAAGGACCAGUUCGCCAUGUACCAACAAGCAGCUGGCAUCACCCACAACCAGCACUCCAUGCUGCUGGACCAGGCAUUGUUGGACCAGAACAUCUUGCGCCCAGUUUCUGGCUACAUCCAUGAUUGGAUGCACACCAUGGCAUCCCAAGGUGUCAUGCAGAAGUCCAUUUGGUUGCUGCUUUCCACAACCAAUGCAUGGGACCACAUGGAAAGCUUUCUCCAACUCUGGACCAUGCCAGGCGCAUUGGCCAAGGCUGGCAAGCUCCAUGACCUCUUCACUCCCAAGAGAACCAAGUUCUACGGGGAGAACCAGAGGUUCAAAUGCACAGCCAGUGAGUGCUUGGGCCUCACCACGCUGCUCCAGUACAUGGUCCAGCGCCUUUGGCUGCCAGCAGGGAUCCAGGUGGACCAGUGCCACAGCUUUCUGGCCAUGGCCCAGGUCCAGGAGAUGCUCCAAGCCACCCACAUGGGCACAGUGUCUCCAGCCCAGCACCAGGUCCAAGAUGCCCUCACCAUCUUCAAGCGUGCUGGGAACGAGGCCGCCAUGGUGCGGAAGCACCACUGGAUGCUCCAUCUGAGCACUCAGCUGGAGGCCAUGGGGUUCCUUCCCAACUGCUGGCCACUGGAAAGAAAGCACAAAGUCGUGACCAUGUACGCCACCAACAUGAUGAAGAUACCAGUCUUCAGCCAGAGCCUGCUCGAAGAAGUCUUGGCCCAUGACAUCCAUGCUGUGCAGACAUCGGACAGCUUCGAGGAAUCUGCCCACCUGGUCCAGAAGCGACACCCAAGUGCCCAGCUCCACAAGUACCUCUGCGAGUCUGUUUUCAAGGCAGCCAUCGCCAAGGACCAUAUCUGGACAGCUGCCGCUGCCAUGCUGGAGACAGGGGGCCAGGUGCACCAGAAGGAUUAUGUCUUGAUCCAGCAGGAAAACCAGUGGGGCUGGCAGAUUGCCAAGGUUGAGUGCCAUUUCGAGGCCGCGGAUUUGGUUUGUUCUGUGGUCCGCACUUCUGACCUUGUCGAGUACGAUGCGGCCACCUACUCAGCUUUGGCCCAGGACACAGCGUCUUUCCACUUCGUUCUUACUGAAAAGAUCCUGUGUCCAGUUAUCUGGGCUGCAGAGGGCCAGCGAGUGAGAAUCUUGAUUCCUUGGUCCUUUCGGAAGUUGGCCAGCCUCACCUUUAGCCUGGAGCUGGAAAGGCGCCUUCGGAACGCGGCCGAAAACGAUGGCGUUACCUCCCAUGCGAUCAACCCAAACACCGUCCUCACCGACUUUCAGAAGUCCCUGGGUGCCACCUCAGAGCGCUCUGCAAUGUCAUAUCUUCCGCCGGUCUGGAUUGCAGGGAAGGUCUUUGGGUUCCUUGGCACUCGAUUUCGGGAGAUGACCAUGAGGUCCGUGCAGCACGGAGCGGGGGCGAUCCUCCAUGUCGCGACGAGCCCGGCGUUGGAGGCCAGUGGAGGUGGCCUCUUCGACGACACAGAGACGGCCUUUACCAAAUGUGGCCGCACGGCAGCCUUCUGCGGAAGGGUGCCUGCAAACUGGCUGCCGGCGGUGAGCCUGGACGAGCAGGCUCGCGUAACAGGUCUUGGGUGA